AUGUUCUUUCGUAUCUCUGCCUUCACUCUUCUCGCCUUGGCUGCAUUCUCUGCUGCCCAGGAGACCAACACCACCGUCACCGGUGGGAAGUGCAACACUGGUUCUCUCCAGUGCUGCAACCCACGUCUUCUGCCGUCAACAGACGCUCUGGGUCUCCUUAACAUCCCCAUUGGUGAAAUCACCGCCGAUGUUGGUCUGACUUGCGACCCCAUCACCGUCAUUGGGCUCGGAACUACCCAGUGCACCAACCAGCCCGCUUGCUGCGAGAAGAACAACUUCAACGGUGUUGUCGCUCUCGGAUGCACCCCCAUCAACUUGGGACUCUAA